AUGCUCCGGCGCCUCCUCAGCCCGCCGCGCCUCCCCGGCGCCCGGUCGUUCUUCUCGCUGGCUCGCCUGCUCUCGCGGCCGCGCCUGGCCACGAUCCUGCUCCUCGCCCUGCUCGCCGCCCUGCUCGAGGUGCUCGUGCACACGGGCGAGUUCGCCGUCUCCCGGCCCGGCGGUGAGCUCGACGAGCCCUUCCACAUCGGGUGCCGGGAGCCAGCCGCCGCCGCCCGCCGCGAGAGCGCGGCGCUGGUGAUGCUGGUGCGGAACAGCGAGCUCGCGGGGGCGCUGAAGACGGUGCAGAGCGUCGAGAGGCACUUCAACCGCUGGUUCCACUACCCCGUCGUCUUCCUCAACGACGAGCCGUGGGAGCCCGAGUUCGUCGAGGCCAUGGACGCCGCCGUCAGCGGGGAGGCCGUGUUCGAGGUGAUCCCCCGCGACGAGUGGACGUUCCCUUCUUGGAUGGACGAGGACGCCGCGAGGGAGAGCAUCAGGAGGCAGGGGGAGAGGAGCAUUCUGUAUGCGGGGCGAGAGACAUAUCAUCAUAUGUGCCGAUUUUAUUCGGGAAAGUUUUACACACUCGAGGCCCUGAAGAAGUACAAGUGGUACUGGCGAAUCGAGCCGGAUGUCGAUUUUCACUGCUCGAUCACGUACGAUCCGUUCGUGGAGAUGGCCAAGCACGACAAGGUCUACGGGUUCACGAUUGCCUUGUGGGAGGUGCCUUCGACGUGCCCCGGCCUCUUCCGCGAGGUGGCCGACUGGAAGGAGAGGCAUCGCAUCAAGACCACCGAAUUGUGGAAGGCCACCAUGACCCCUUCGUGGCUCCCCUGGCCGUUUCGGUCCAUGAUGAGCCGGGCCCGGCACCGCGACCGAUACGGCGACGGCUGGAGUCUCUGCCAUUACUGGAGCAACUUUGAGAUUGGGAGCCUCGACUUCUUCCGUGGCAGGGGCUACCAGGAUCUGUUCGAGCAUCUCGACAAGACUGGAGGUUUUUACUUUGAGCGGUGGGGCGACGCCGCAGUGCACGCGCUAGCACUCGCCAUGCUCGUGGAGCCGGAGCGCAUCCACCACUUUGAAGACUUUGGCUACCGGCACGACUGGUACUUCCAGUGCCCGGCCAACGCGCCGGGCCGGCAGCUGCCCGAAUCCGAGGCGCUGGGUGAUUUCCCGUUCGCGCCGGAGCAGGAGGGCGGCAUCGGGUGUCGCUGCGGGUGCGAUGGCCGCAAGACGCGGAACCACGCGAGCUACUGCUUGAACACACUCAAGUCGCCCAAUACGGCGAGGCGGCCGAGUUUUCUGGGUUGGUGCCGGAGUUGGUUUGAUUGA